UUAUAAAUGCUUUCCUAUCAAAACGUUGCAUAAAAUGAAUAUCAGAAAGAGAAAGACAUUCCAUCUCCCAGUCCUCUUUCAAGACCAAAAGACAAUAAUACAAAUUAAUAACCCACUCCAGUUCCUCAACCAUUCAAUACGUUACUGCCAGCCAAUCUGUAAUUUUUUCAUCUCUAUCCCCAUUAGUUUACAUCCCCAAACAAUGGAAAAUGACAGAUAAUCGUAAAUUAUUUUUACUCAUUUAGAAUAAAAUCAAACCAAUCCCAAAAGGAUUAGUCCUUUAGGUCGAAUUACAAUAUUAACUAAAUAAAUCCUUAAGAACAGAUGCUUCUUGAAAAGCAAUAGUUUCUUAUGGAAGAAGGAGAAGACUUAAAGUAACACAAUUAAGCUACCUAGAUCACAAGUGAGAAAGCUAUAGAAUGAGAAUUUACAACAAAAAAAAGUUAUCGACUAACUUCAAUCUGAAUUGUAUUCAGUUUUCCAUCUAAUCCUUUAGAUAAUCAUUUAAAAGCCAAAAGUCGAUUGAGCAAGAACUCAAAGCCAAAUUUGAUUAUUAAGAGGAAAUGAUUGUUAAGUUGAAAUCAGAAGUUCGAAGAAAAUAGGAAGCUCUUCAAGAAUGCCAAUAUAAAUUAGCUGAAAUGGACAAGAUUUAAAAAAAGUUAGAAGAUUACAAUCUUUUGUCCUCUAAAUCCAAUGAACUAAAUAAAUAAAUCAAAGAUCUUCAAGAUCAAGUCUAAGAUUAAAAAAGGUAACUGGUCUAUCUUAAUUCCGCUGAACAUGAAAAUAGUAAUUUAAAGGAAUACAUUGAAACAUAUAAAUAAUAAUUGAGAGAAAAGGAUGUUAAAAUUGAAUAGCAUCGAGAACAAUAAGAAUAACUGUAUUUAGAUAAUAAAAAAAUGAAAACAACUUUGGACAUGUUAAAUUUCGAACUCAAAAAAUAACAAGAAAAUUCAAAUGAUUAAUUGCAUAGAGCAACUUUACAAAUUACUGAGCUCUAAGGAUAAGUGGCUUCUUAUUAGAAAACUCUUGCUAAUUCGGCACAUCAAAUUGAAUUACAAAAAUAAUAAGUCAAGUAAUUAGAAAAUAAAGAAAAAGAACUUUACACUACAAAAAAUUAAGUAUUGAAAUUAGAGGAGUCUAUUCAAAAUCUUAACCAAUAAAAUUUAUUAUGUAAUUAAUUAGUCUUUAAUUUAAUUAGAAUAGAAAGAAAUAGAAAAAUUAGCAAUGACUUUGAAGAAUGGCAAAUAGGAAUUUAUAAGUCUAUAAUAGAAACUUGCCAAUGCUGAAUAGGAAAUAAAAAAACAAUCUGAUCAAAUUUAGCAAUUACAAAAAUACAAGGAUUAAUUGAUUCAUUAAUGCCAAUUCCUUGAAUAAGAAUUGAAAAAGAAACAAGGAAAUUUAGAUCAAAGCAUAAAUCAAGCACAACAUAAAUAGAUAGAGAUGAAAACAAUUUUGGAUUAAUAAUAAAAUUAAAUUUAGCUCAUGGAAGGUGAAUUAUAAAAAAGAGAUGCUAUCAUUUUUACUUUAGACCAACAAAAUUAAACAUUAAAAAGCUAACUUGAAUAAUACUCUCAAAAUGACUCUUUAAAUAAAAAUGAGUUGAAUAAUAAUUUUACAAAAAUGAAAGAAAUGCACAAUGAUUUAAUUUUAUAUGAGAAAUAAGUCGAUACCAUAAGUUUGGGUAAAAAAUAAUUUUAUUUAUAUAGAAAAUCAUUAAAUAAAGUUGUAAAAUUAGAUGCUCUAAGAUAGAAAUAACUAAUUAGAAUUUGAAGUUACUAAAUUAAGAGUAAUACUUUACAUCUAUGUAGGAAUAAUUAAUCUAAUAAGACAAUCGUAUUAGAAAUUUAGAAACUGAAUUGUAGAGUUAAUCAUUCAAUAAAUAGCUGAAUACACUUCGUAUGCCAUAUUCCCCAGACUAAAUCUUUCCGAAUUAAUAGCAAUUCUUAUAAUCGCCGAAGGGUUCUUUUAAUAAUUAAUUUAAUUUUUAUAAAUGAG